AUGCUGCUCAACUACAGCUUCACUAUCGAGUACAUCAACACAAAGGAUUUCGGCCAAUAUCCGCCGAAUCCAUUCGGACUGCUACUGCAAGCUGAUCUUCUUAUCCAGUUUGUGAUCGACUAUACGAAGUCCGGAAAGUGGCCCAAAGUCAAACGCCAUUCUCCUCUGUGGUACUACUACAACAGCAGAAAUGUCAUCAUGACAGUAGAAGGCCAAACAAGGAUGAAAAUGCUCACAAAAACCUUUGUCUAUUGGCCUACGAUAUAUUCCGAUAUCGAAAUACUCGUCAGAACCUGCCCAAAAUGUGCAUCCGUGGCAAAGGAUCUGGUCAAAGCCGUACUACAGUCAUGGCCGAAACUACACUCGCCGUUGACUCGAGUUCAUGCUGACUUCGUUGGACCGAUGGAAAGAUGA